AUGGAAAGUUCUUCAAGUGCAGAGAGAGUCAACAAUCUCACGUUGUACUCAUUAGAGUCAACAAUCUCCCAACGCAAAGCAGAAUUAGCAGCAGAACAAAAUGGAAAACGCUCGUGGACAAAAAGAUUGUUACUUGAUAAUAAACUUCUGUGCUCAAAAAUCAGGGAGGAAGCAGAUGAGUUGUGUCGAACAUUGGAGGAGAAUGAAGAUAAGUCACGUACGGCCUCAGAGAUGGCAGAUGUCCUCUAUCAUGCCAUGGUUCUUUUGGCAAAUAAAGAUGUGAAAAUAGAAGAUGGUAUGCAAGUUCUUCGGCAGAGAUUUUCUCAGUCAGGUGUCGAGGAAAAUAGAGGUCGAAUAUCUCAAGGCUAG